AAAUCAUUUGGAAGUAGUACGUUGGCAUGAAACGUAGUUUUCUGAGUACUGGCUGAGAAACCGCUGCUGGCGAGAACUGUGACGUUUGCACAAACACAAUCAGUUCGGUGAUGAAUCGCUCCAAAAUAAUGAGAGCUUACAAAACAAUAUAGGUUUACGGUCUGAAACAAAACAUGCUUAUUGGUAACGGGCCCUUAUAGCACGAUAUACAGUGAAUUAGCAGUGUGCAAGCUGACUGGUAUUAAUCGCAACUAUCUCAUGUAUUUGUUUUACGCCACAGCUGCACAUUAAUUAUAAAAAACGACUGCACCUUACAAAUGAAUUUGGCGCCACAGAAGUAACGGGCAUUUGUUUAACUCCCAUCGUUCAGUAUCCGACUGAGGUCGGAAGGAGGUACACGCGGGACGUAGAGUCUUGAAUGUUUAUUUUGUGCUUAUUUAUGUACAUCCAUGUGUUUAUUUCUAUCAUGUUGUAUCAUCCAUAUUGUUUCAAUGUUAGAUGGCAACAUUUACGUUCAAUCACGCCUUUUAGCUGGAAAAUAUGACGCAUUCAAUCAUCUUGCGAAAACUCUCCGCCAUUCCUCAUGACGUAACCCAUCUAGCGUCGUGUGAAGGUUUUUGUGAAAAUUGUACUCAGGACGGUGGUGUAUAUUCGUUCCCAAUAAUGAAGACUCCAAUAUAUGUAUUAUUUCUUACAAUUAAGUGAUGAACAAGUGUACUAGUGUUAUUUUAAUUAUAUUAGUAGAAUGUUAAAGACGUGUAAGGAGUAAUUUACAAUUAUUACAAUGUCCUAAAGAAAGAAAACCAUGGAUUCAGUCCGAGCAUUCAACGCAGAGCUGUCAGCUCUGUAUGAGGUGAAGCCACCUAUAUCAAAAGCCAAAAUGACUAGCAUAACUAAAGGAGCUAUCAAAGCCAUAAAAUUCUACAAACAUGUUGUUCAAAGUGUUGAAAAAUUCAUUCAGAAGUGCCGGCCUGAGUAUAAGGUUCCUGGACUAUAUGUUAUUGAUUCAAUUGUUCGGCAGUCGAGGCAUCAGUUUGGAGCUGACAAAGAUGUUUUUGCUCCCAGAUUUGCAAAAAAUCUGCAAAAUACUUUUGUACAUCUUUUCAAGUGCCCACCAGAAGAAAAGAGCAAGAUUGUUAGGGUGCUGAAUUUGUGGCAGAAGAACUCAGUUUUCCAAUCUGAGGUUAUACAACCUCUUUUUGAUCUUGCGGAUCCAAAUCAUCCGAUACACAAGGAGCAGGCGCAAGUAAACACCCCAAAUAAUGGCUCAAUAACAACUAUGAAUAAUGUUGGGAAAACACCACCUCAGUUAAACAGAACACCAAACAAGACUCCUUCAUCAAAUAAUAAAUCAACCGAUAGCAGCACACCUUUGUGGACAUCUCAAAGUGAUUCAAGCAACAGUUCUUCACUUCAAGUUUCAAACCAAGCUGUUGACACUGCAAGUUUGAAUAGCAAUCAGGUCUCUGGCAAUGGGGCAUGUGACCCGGCUCUUAUACGACAGCUACAACACUUACAGUUGUUACUGCUACAACAGCAGCAGCAGCAGCAGCAGCAGCAGGAAUCUGGUUCUCGAUCUCAAACUGAUCAGCAGCUGGUACAACAGCAGACACAGCAGCUGCCAAUACAUCAAAUACAACAGUCACAGCAACAGCAGCAGCAGUUGCUGCAGCAACAGCCACAGCUACAGCCACAGCAACAACAGCAGCAACAGCAACAGCAGCAGCUGCAGCAGCAGCAACCACAAAUACAGUCUCCAUUGUCUCAACAAGUACAGCAACAGAAUCAGCAGCACCAAACAACAGUGCAGUCAGUUGAAAUGCAGGCUGUGCAAGUGCCGCAGCAGACGCAGGCUCAGUCUCAAACUCAAACUCAGACUCACACAAUAUUAUCUGCCGUUACUUCACAGCCAUCAGCUACUGGACUUGACAGCAUUUUAUCAAACCCAGAACUCAUACGGCAGCUUCAGAACAUACAGCAGCAGAUAUCACUCCAACCAGUCAAUCAAGAAUCUGAGGAUAACCUAAGGAAGUUACAAGAAAUGAAACAGCAAGAAGAGGAAUUUGACAAGCAUUUGAGUCAAACAGUGCAGAGCCACCCCUUCACUUCAGACUGUGAUCCUAGAACGGCAGGUGACAUUAAAACCACUACUCCGACUCCUUUUGAAAAAGUUGAAAUAGAACAGCACAAACCUGCAUACACAUAUCCAGUUCUCAACAUGUCUCAUCCUCCACCAGGAUUUAUAUCAGAAACCAGUAAUGCUGCAACAACUGAUAAUCACAAAAGUCCACUGGAAGAUGGUGAACAUGCUGAUUCUGAAGUGGAGUUUGUUGACAGAACUGUGCAACAGGAGAAUGGGAACUCAGUGGAAAUAAUAAACCUCGAUCGCAGCAGAUCUGGCAGCCCAUCAGUCAACUCAAAGAACUACAGACGUAGGCACAGUCGUUCUCGGUCACGAGAUCGUCGCCAUGGUAGAAGAUCCAGGUCGAAAUCAUCCGACAACAGAGCACGAUCACAGUCGAGGCAAAGGAGGAGAAGGUCAAGGUCACGAGACAAAGAACGUGACCGAGAGAAGGACAAAGAAAGAGAGAGGGAACGGGAGAAGGAGAGGGAGAGAAGAAAAAAAGGUCUGCCACCAUGUAAGAAAGAACAUUUGAGCGUUUGUAGCACAACUCUGUGGGUUGGACAUUUGUCAAAGUUGGUUCAUCAGGAAGAAUUAUCAGACACCUUUGGAGAAUAUGGUGAUAUAGUAUCAAUAGAUUUGAUACCACCUCGAGGUUGUGCCUUCAUAUGCAUGAAUCGACGACAGGAUGCUUUUAGAGCACUACAAAAACUAAAAAAUCACAAACUACAAGGAAAAGCAAUUACACUUGCAUGGGCCCCAGGUAAAGGAGUGAAGGGGAAAGAGUGGAAGGAUUACUGGGAAGUUGAUUUAGGAGUAUCUUACAUUCCUUGGGAUAAGCUCACUCAAGCAGCAGAUUUAGAUGUGUUAGAAGAAGGUGGCAUGAUUGAUGAAGAAACGGUGCCUGAUUUUCUGAAAGCUCAGACUCAGCAACAGCAGCCACCGCCACCACCGCCGCCACCGCCACCUCCCCCGCCACCUGGACCACAGCAGCAGCAAGAACAGCAGACCACCGUAUCAGACCCAGCAGUAUCUUCAGCUCUGUCUCCAGCUCCAACCCCAGCCACAGCCACAGCCCCAGCUCCAGCAGCUUAUAUUCCGCUACCAGAUGGAAUUCCUGUACCGAGCACAGCUGCCCAAAAUGUUGACACCUCCCAGCCACCUCCACUGCGAACUGCUGAUAUAACUGGUGUAACAGCUCCAGCUGGAGUUCCUGGGCUGCCUGCACAAAUUCCUACUGCUGUUCCUCCACCCUCUGGACCUCCAGUGCCCAUUGUAACACCGUUUGGGAUUCCUAAUGUGCCUCCACCCAUUAGCAUGACAAUGGGACAUGGUAUUAUGCCUAGUGUACCAAUUGGAGUACCACCACCAGGUAUGCAGAGUUUGCUGAUGCCUGGCAAUCAGAUGGUCCACCACCAGCAGAUGAUGGGUGGGGUACCUCAACCAGUGAACUCCCCAUUUACUUCAACUGCUGGUGGCCCAGUGGGAAUGAUGACAGGCCCUGUGCAUGGACAGCUUUCACAGAUCCCAUUGCCUGCACCUGCUGCUCCACAGGAUAAAACAGCAACUGGUCUUCCACAUGCUACUCCUCCUGCUCCUGUUGGAGUUCCACCUCCCACAUCGGAGGCAAACCUUCCAGGCAUUAGUGAAGCUUUGCUCAGAGUUCCUUUUGGGGUACCUGCACAGAUGCAACAACUAGCAGGUGUUCAGGUGCCUAGAAUUAGCCGUGAUGACACUUCCAACAUGGAUAUGGAUAUGGAAGAUAUUGAUGGUAAAGCAAACAGUUCUGCAGACUCAUCAUCCAGGGUUGCUGGUCAAAUUCUUGCAGGUGUUGGCCAUGGAAUGUCACCAUUUUCGGCACCUCCGCCAAAUCACAUGGGCCCAUUGUCACACCACCAGAACUCUGGUCAACAUCUUGGUGAUCAUAAUAGUCGUCAGAAUAAUUCAGUGCUUGUAAAUGAGUUGGAUUCCCUGAAAGAGGGCAGUGGGGAUUAUCCAGGACAGGUUCGCGGCAGAGAAAGGAACCGUGACAGAGACAGAGAUAGGGAAAGAGAUAUAAGGGACCGUGAACGUGAUCGAGAUCGUGAUAGAGACAGAGGUCGUGACAGAAAUCGUGAUCGUGAUAGGGAUCGUGAUCGUGAACGUGACAGGGAUCGAGAUCGUGGCAGUAGAUGGAGUGACAGAGAUAGGGAUAGAAGAGAUCGUGACCGUGAUCGUGAUAGGGAUCGAGACAGGCCAGAUAGGAAAGAUCCGUCAGCUCCUGAUACACCUUCUACACCAUGGUCAGAAAGAGGAGAGAAACCAAGUCUUCUGGAACGCCUAAGGAGCCUAGCAAAUGAUGGAAUUGCAACUUCUAACAAAGAGGAAGCCAGGCAUGGUUUCAACAUAAGAGAGGGUAAAGCAACACAAGAAAGAACAUCUGCUGAAAGAGAACGGCCUAAGGAUCGUGAGAGGGACCGUAAUCGUGGUCGGGACCGCGAUAGAGAAAAGGAGCGUGAACCAGAUCGUGAACGCAGUCGAGACAGGGAACGUGAUCGGGAUCGAGACCGUGAACGUGAUCUUGACCGGGAUCGAGAAAGAGAUGCUACUGGACCACCAGUGUUUCCUGGUCCUAGAAGUGACUUCAGGCCUCCAGGUCCUGAUGGGUUUAUUCCUCCAGGACAAAUGGGUUUUAGGCCACCAGGACCAGGACAGUUUUUAGCAAGAGGGGUUACUGAACCGUUGCCACCAGGACAUGAGAGAGAGAAUUUUGAUCCUAGGGGACCACCCCCACAUGAGAUGUUUGAAGGUCGACAGAGACCUGAUGACUUUGUACAGAACAGGGAAGACUUUGAUCAUAGAAGAGGUCAUGAAGAUUUUCCUCCAAGGGGGCCACACCAUGCAGAAGAUUUCAAUAUGUCUUUGAGAACAGAUGAUUUUGAACGCCGAGGGCCUUCCCGCGGACCGCCUGUUGAAGAGUUUGAACCGAGAGGCCCAUAUCCUGAUGACUUUGGCCGUGUGCGAGGUCCUAGACCUGACAUGUUUCCACCUCGAGGCCCAGAAAUGUUUGGACCAAGAGGAAUGAUGGGCCCCAGAGGUCCAAUGCGACCUGAAGGCUUUGGACCUCGUCCAAUGCUAAUGCGUGGACCUGGACCCAUGUUCCACCCAAGAGGACCACCUCAUCCAAUGGCAAUGAGAGGAAUGGGACCAGGACCGGGGCCAGGACCAGGGCCUGGUCCAAGACCUGGUAUGUGGAUGGAUAAUCAGGGACCUCCUAUGUAUCCACCAAGAGGAUUCGAAGGACCUCCUGGCGAGGGCCCACCGCCAGAUGGAUUCUUUCAGAGACCACCAUUUGAUGACAUGGAGCGGCGGCAGUGGGAAGAUGGGAGGCAUGCACGGGGCCGUGGACAGGGUCCGAGAAGAGGUCCGGGAACACCUGGACCUGGAUUUGCUCCUCAUGCAGGAAACCGUAGACGUGAGGAGGAGUCACCACUACUUCAGAGUCCAGCAAAACGUGCAAAAGCUGAGGAUUUGCCAUCCGCAGAAAAAUGUAAGGAGGAGAAGGUAUUUAGAAAAUCGGAAAGGGAUCGUAAUAGGCGGUCCCGGUGGAGUAGUGCUUCUCCUAAAGAAGACAAGUUUGAGGAAGUUAGUGUGGAAAAUAAUAGUGACACUACGUUUAAAAGGUCAGGGGCAGUAGAUGAAACAUCACUGUGUUCUACAAAAUCUGAAGAGCACUGUGAACAGAAAGAAAGUGUUAAUUCUGAGAAAUGUGUGACUUCAGAGCCUGCAACAGAUCUAGACUGUGGGGAAAACACUCCUUGUCCAAGUAACAAUCAGUCGGACCACCAAAAGCAAGUCAUGGAUAAUGAAUCACAUGUAAGUUCCCAGGGUGAACCAGGAAAUGAUCAAGAGUCAUCUGCUGCAGUGGAUUUUGAUAAUACCACAGAAGUGAGUUUUUCUGGUGCCAGAGAAAAGAAUUUUGGUGACACGUCCAAAGUGUUUCUCAGCACAGAACUGUCUCAUACAGAUACAACCGAAGUCAAUUUCCCUGACGGAAUUGAAAUGAUUCACACCAAUGAAGUGAUUCAUACUGACACCAGUCAGAUGAAUUCUCCUGUCACCUCUGAACUAGUUCAUUCUGACACCACUAAAGUGACUCACACUACUGAAGUGGUAUGUACCAACACCACUGAGGUGCUUCAUACUGACACAACUGAGGUAGUUCGUACCGACACCGUUAAGUUGGUUCAUACUGAGACCACUGAGGCAUAUCACAGAGACACCACCGAUACAUUUCGUACAGAUGCCACUGGGGAAUUUCAUGAAGACACAAAUGAGGCAUUUUGUGAAGACACAAAUGAGGCAUUUUGUGAAGACACCAAUGGGGCGUUUCGUGAAGACACCAAUGGGGCAUUUCGUGAAGACACCAAUGGGGCGUUUCAUGAAGACACCAAUGGGGCAUUUCACGAAGACACCAGUGAGGCAUUUCAUGAGGACACCAAUGGGACGUUUCAUGAGGACACCAAUGGGGCGUUUCAUGAAGACACCAAUGGGGCGUUUCAUGAAGACACCAAUGGGGCGUUUCAUGAAGACACCAAUGGGGCGUUUCCUGAAGACACCAAUGGGGCGUUUCAUGAAGACAUCAGUGGGGCAUUUUGUGAAGAAACUAAUGGGGCCUUUCAUGAAGAUCCAAAUGAGGCUUUUCCUGCAGACUCUACUGGUGCAUUUCAUCCAGACUCUACUGAAGGGUUUCAUGCUGAUUCUACUGAUGAGUUUCAUGCUGAUUCUACUGACGCAUUUCAUGCAGACUCCACUGAGGCGUUUCAGACAGAUGCCACUGAUGUAUUUCAGACAGACACCACUGAGCCGUAUCAGUCAGAUGCCACUGAUGUGUUUAAUACAGACACUACUGAUGUGUUUAAUACAGACACUGCUGAUGUGUUUAGUACAGACACCAAUGAAGUGUUUCAGUCAGAAUCUGCUGAUGUGUUUCGUACUGAGGCCACAGAGGUAUCUCAAACUCCAAGCACUCAACUAUCUGAUAAUGACACCACUCAAGUGUCUGAUGCUGAUGUCACUCAAGCGUCUCAUAGUGAUGAAACAUCAGCAUAAUAAGCUACAUAUUUACAAAUAUUUUGAUACAUUUCUCUUAUCCCGCAAAUUUUUUUGAAACACUCUUAUUUUCAGAUAUUCCUCUUCCUCAACUACUAAAUGUGAAUGAUGUUUUAGUCUCAAGACUAAUUCACAGAAACAUGGGGAAUGAAAACUGAUAAGUGUUUAACUGAAGGAAUAAUGCACAGGUAGUCUCCGACUUACUGAUGCCCAAUCAUUCAGUAUUUUUAAGAAUCAGAUUACUGUAAAUUGGGUUAUAGGUCACUCCUUAUUGCUUACUUUUGUUAGUUAUUGUCUUAUGUUAACAAUGUCUCUUUUUUGGUCACCAAUCACAAGGUUGAUUCUUGUCACUUAUCAGCUAUUCACUUCAUUUCUGUAUAACUGUUGCACCUCAUGUCAUUAAUGAUUUGCCUUUUGCACUCAUAUCUAAACCUGCCUGUGAGAUUCUUUCCCCCUUCUGUUCCUUCAACUAUGGUUUUUAGAAACAAAAAAUUUUGUAAUGUGUGCCAACCAUCCUAUUUCUCUGUUUCAUUAUGCUCUUUAGUAUAUUUUUUUCCUGUUAACUCAUUGCAAUAUGUUCCAUUUUAUAAAAAUAAUUCUUUAUCUUUGAAGAAAGGAAAUGUAAUGCAUUUGCUUAGUCUCUGUUUCUGUUGCCUCCAAAAUAGAAAUCUCAAUCUUGUCAUCCUAUGAAUGUAGGUGUUUUGCUGUAUCAGUCACAGAUUUUGAAAGGUAUUACGCAUUUCAAUAACGGUCCACAUUGUCAGGAGUCCUUACAGCUAGUUGCAUUUACAUGAUAGUUCUCUGUAUUUAAAUUCAAUUAAUUUCAUCAAAAAGUUGGUGCUGUUCACUGGGAGCACGUCCUGUAAAUGCGUAUCUUCUUUUAAACAACCCUCUCUAACAAAAGAAUACAAUGCUUGCAUGUAAACUUUUGUGGCUCAAUGGCAAAGCAUGUUAAUAAUCUCAUGUUUACAUUCUCAUGUCACUUUUUCAGAAAUGUUUCAAGUGAAAUAAGUCAAUUCCAUGUUCAAAAAAUAAGUAGGACACGUGCAGAUCCAAUUUAUUUUUAUUUAUUUUUUUCACUAGAAAACAAUUGUGAAUGCUCUAAUUGUCAAUCUUUUCUUAAGGACUGCAGUGUGACAUUUUUUGUAAAAAGGAAUCAAAUACAACGUGAUAUAAGCACAAGAAGGUAAACACCCAGUGUCAUUCAAAAAUUUAUUAUGUUGCUCCUAAUAUAUAACAGUGAACAGUUGUGUUCUUGUUCAGCUGUAAUUUCAUUUUCCCCAGUCAUCAUAACUCAUUGUGCCCUUUCCCCUUUCAGCUCUUUUUUUCCUUGAAGAUUUCAACUUAGAGCAUAAAAUGUCUUUUUUUCUGACAUAAUGACGUAAAGCUUGCACUUUUUCUUCAGAUCUACAAAUUAUACCUAGGAACCCAUAAUUUCAUACGUAUUUCAGUUACAGUAUUUCAACAGAUAUUUUGAUUAGAUAUAUGUUGUCACAUUUUAUCAUAGCUUAGGCCUGUAUUAGGUUGAAGACUUCCUGUGCAGUUAAAUGUGUGAGCACCCCAUGGUGUUUGUGUGACACACAUUUGUUAUAUCUGUGUUUUUCUUGUGUAAUGUAAAGGAGUACUUGCUAAGGAGAUUGGACAAAUAUUUUAAAAUAUCGUGUACUAAUAAUUUUUGUAUGUUUUGCUAAUUUGUUGCUCCUUUAAUAGUGUUUCUGUGUUGAAAUGUGCACGUCCAUCUUGUUUUGAUUGAUGAAUGUAAUGGUGAACUACUAUUAAUUUACCAUAUUUGCAGUUAAAAUUAAUUACGUUGUUAAGUCUUAUGAUAGAAUUAUAAGUACAAGGUGCACGAAAAUUGCCAUCCUUAAAAGACUGUUUUUGGGCAUGCAAGUGAACACAGGACAAUUUUUGAAUAAAGACAAAGAAAUUUUUAUCUGUGAUAUAUACAAGCAACUCUUGUGGAGUUAGUUAUUUUUUAGAAUAACCACAUUGGUUUAUGAUCAAGUUUUUAUUCAUAGUGUUUUAUGAAAAUGUUGUUUUAUUAAAAGUUUUCAUUUCCAAACUGUUCUGAGUAGUUACAAAAUGGCUGGUUUUCAACGUGCUUUCUUUCCAUAUAGCAUCUGAGAAUCUGAACUAUUUUUAUUAUUGACACAAUGUGUUCCCUCAAUAGAAAGACAAAAUGUUGGGAGUGAUAUGUUAUAUAAAUAAUAAACCUCAUUCAUUUCCCUCCCUUUGUUCAUCCAGAAGCUUUUUCCUUAUUUAAAAGUUUUUAAUGUCAUCAUUAGUUGGGACCCUUUCUUUUAAUUGUUCAGUUGACAUUAUAAAUUUCACUGUCGUGUAGGUCAGGCUUCCUAAUUCAUGUCAGUGUUCGGGAAUGUAUAAUGAAAACAAUGAGUACAAUAUUUACAAAUCUAUUUGUACAUACCCAUUUUCCUAAUUCAUUACAAGUUAUGAUGUUAUGUAUCAAUUUUGCAAUAAAGCCAGCAGCAUUUUCUGCAAAAGUCAGGCUGUGUAAAUAAUUCUGUGUGUGCUAGGAGUGUUAUUUUAAAAAGUGAGAGUGGUCCAUAAAGUGUAACAAAUGAAGUAGAAUAACCAUACAGAAAACAUCUCUUUAUUUUUGUAAUAAUUUCUCAUCUCUGCUUUCUACUGAACACCAAACAAGACAUGCAGUGUUGUGCAAGCACUUGGGAAUGCUCUUGCUUUUCUUCUUAUUCCAUUAUUGGGAACUUCAAUGACAUUACAAACCUUGAAUUUCUCUUUCACUGUGCUGAAAUUCACUUACAAGUGACUGAAAGACUUCGCAAAUUUCACAGUUGUAUAUGGCUGUGGUGAUGUAUCUACUGUAGCUUAAAAAUUACAUUUUCAUGCAAUGUCGCCCAAAACAGUUUCCAUUCAGUUGUAAAUCAUAUCUACAUAUGUAUGAAAUUUUGCUUUACUUUUCAUAGCUGGUAAAGUGGUGAAGUCUUGGUAUAACAUUGGACUCGUAUUAAUCAUUGCCUUAGUUAAUGCAUACAUAAAAACAGCAACUGAAAAAGAGAAACAGAGUGCCAAUAAGUAGUAUGAUACCCAUUUAUCUUCAGAAAAAGCCGGAGACAGAGUUAGCUGUAAAAUGUGACGUGUAGUUCAGUGCUUUGUCAUCUGUGAUCAGCUAUACUCUAGUGUUACUGUAACACAUGAAAAACCUGUGUAUCAUCUGCAAAAGUCUUCUGUUCUUACAUCUCUCCAUGAAGACAAAAUCAUUUCUGAACUACAACUAAUGGCGUGUACUAGAUCAUUAAUAUACUUGUCCGCUAUUUUACUGCCCCUAUCCUCAGCUCUUGGAAAUGAUGAUGAUGAUGAUACAUAUAGAAAGUUUUUUUGUGCUCAAUCCUCAUUUCAUUUUACCUGGUUGUUUCUUUUCGAAAUAUUGGUUGCAACAGUAGAAAAUGUUCGCCACAAUCCUAAUUCAGCUUAACAUUAGUAAUAUGCACACUAUAUUUCUUUUAAUUUUUUAGAUGACACUAUCAUGUGCUCUAGUAUUCUAGUCUCUUGGGUGGAAUGAGAGUUCUGAUAUUUUACAUUAAAUAGCUUUUACUAGGUGUAAUUCUAGGACAUAUUCUGAUAAAAAAUAACUUCAUGAUCUUCACAGUAUCAUAUUUACACAACUUCAGAUAAAAAUCCAAUGUUUUUGUGCCUUUCUAUUUGUUCUUAGCCUAAAAAACUGUUUUAUUUUGACCACCAUCUGCAACCCAGAAUUUCUUUGUUUUAGGUAAAUGGUGAUGGUAGGAGAAAGGGGGUGGAUAUACACUUCAUUUCUGAAUGUACACCCAUUGCUGGGUACUUUUUUUGUGUUCCAGUUUUAUACAUAUCAUCUUUUUAUUUUCCACUAGUUGGAAAUGCACAAGUGAUCUGUUUCAAGAACUAUAGCUUGACCAUUGACACUCUUAUGUUACUGCCAAUCUUGACAACACUGCUUGGUGAUGGCACUUCUCUUAGGAUAGUUAAAAAUUUAGGGCAUUACAAAAUAUUUAUUUUGAUACUGAAUAUAAAAGGUUCAAAAAAAAUAAAGCAGUUGUUUGAGUGCACUAGAGAUAGACUUGUACCAAAAACAUUGUUUUACUGAAGUUGCAGGCGAAUGAUAAGCAUCUGUGUGAUUGGAUUUUCAAUUUAGUUAUUGGUUAAGUGAAACAAGUAGCUCUCAAUUAUUGUCUAUCAGCCCAUAACAUUUGCUACACUCAGUUGAUCAGAAUAAGAAUGGACAAAAUCAGAUAAACAGAGGAAGAAAUACGUAUGUAUAAACAUUAUCUGCAGCAAGUGGGCAAUAGUGCAUUUCUUAUUUAUCAAUAUUAUGUGUGCUGUACAUUGUGCUUAUUGGGAUUUUGUGCAAUAGCACAAAUUUAUCUGAUGAAGUGACAUGUUUUUAUGAGUAGAAACUCUCUCUCUCUCUCUCUCUCUCUCUCUCUCUCUCUCUCUCUCUCUCUCUCUCUCUCUCUCUCUCUCCCUCCCUCCCCCCCUCCCCCUCCCUCCCUUCUCCCCCUCCCCUCCCCUCCUUUCACUCCCUCCCUCCGUUCCUCCCACCCUCUCCCUCUGCCCCCCUUUCCCUUUCUGUCUCCCCACCCAUCACCCUCCCCCAAUCAACCUCCCCCCCUAUCCCCCUCAUCUCUGACAGGGUCAGUGUUUUUGGCUGUCUGUCAGCAUGUAACAACCCCAUCUUUCUGAAGUAUAAUUUAUUUUUGCAGCACAUUUUCCAUGUUUUCCACUUCAUUUCGGUACCCUGCAGGUUUGGUUUUAGUUCAUUCAUGUAAAUAUUUGUCUGUUGUGGGUUUCUGUACUAUAUCGACCCAAUCCCAAGGUAUUUGUUGGAUUCAGUUUGAGAGAGAAUCCAUUGCAGUUCAAGUGCACAGUUUUUCUAUAGUUGGUUUUUUUUUCCAGUUAUAACUUUGUAAGCUAAAUGUGUAUGAUAGAAGGGAAAGUUUGCAACGUAUUAAACAUAUUGGUGUAAUUGAUUUGUUAUUGAUAUUAGUACUGAUAAGUCCACAAGACUUUUCUUUUUGUCAGUACCACAGUGCACAUUUUGCUGAAAUUGCUGCUGGCUUUAUAGAAAUGUCUAUCUGUGUACACAAUUAGUUUAAGUGACAUGUAAUAAUAGUGUGCAUGGGAGUGAGAUGAAUGAGGUUUCAACAGGCAAAUGCUGAAGUGACUAAAAUAUGCUGUUGAACUGUAAGAAGGUUUAUGAGGUGAGAGACUGAAGAUUUCUAGAUACUGUGUUUUGCCUUUGUGAGAUGACGUUGACUCAUAUUACUAAUGUUAACUACAUGGAACCUAACAUGGAUAAUAUAUUAUGAGCAAAAUUGUGAAAAUAUACUUCAGGUGCAUCUUUACGAUCAGGACACCUGCUCUACAUCUAUGUUCAUAAAAUACAUCAGUUUUUCUGAUGAAUUAUGCGAUUCUUAGAUGCUGAUCUAUAUCUUUUUGAUUAUUGUAAAGAAAAUAAAACUAAUGACCUGCUUCUCAAUCAGAAAAUAAAUAUUUCUUUCAUUUAAAAGUAGCUUCAUUAAAUAAAUUGCUUUUAAAUUAAUUAAUUUUAAUUUGUUUAUGUUCUAACUUCCAACUAUUUCUUAUAGUACUCAAUCAGGUCAUACAUUGGCAAGUUAACGUACUAUGCUGUGCUUCAGAAAAUUAAGCAAAACAAACCAUUAAUAGUACUUUUUGAAAGUCAUGAAAUUAAGAAUAUUUGAAUAAGGAUAUUGGAGGACCACAAACUGAAUGCCAGAAAUUUUACAGGCAUUUUUGUUGCCAUUACUUCACACCUAAAGAAUGGUAACCAUCUGAUACCACCUUCAUUUUGUGUAUUCAGAAUAAAUCAGUCAUGCAUGUAUACUUGUUAGGAAAAAAUGUUUUACUUCAUUUGCUGGCCUGUUGAACCUCAACUCACCCAUACGGGUAAUAUAAAAGAUAUUCCAUAACACACCAUAGACAGCAGGAGAAUGUGAACUUUCUACUCAUAUUCUAACGCAGACAUAAAUAAAAUGAUUUGCCAAAUGGACACAAAAGAGCCUUAAUCGCAAUGAAUAACUUCACCUAGAAUGUAUUUUUUCUCAGCUGCAUCUGACAGUCUUUGUGAAGAAGAGCAUUAAUUCUCCAUCCUGAAUUAUUAGUUCUGUCAUUCAUUAACUGCUGAAUGAGUUUUCAUUAUUAAAAAUUUUUCAGUGACUGCAUACUUUUUGCACUCAUUGGAUCAUCUGAAGCAAUUCAUUUUUAUAUUCCAACAUAGUUAAUCAAGAAACAGCUUUUUGGACAACUGUGUGCUCAAUAUUAUGUUGAGGCAGUAUAAAUCGAAUAAACAAAACAAUACCACAGUUUAUAAUUGAGAAUCUACUGCAUUUUUUCAAUGUGUUAGAAGUUUAUAGUUGCUGUGUCACUGUGUGUAUCAUCUCAUUGAUUCUUUUUGGCAGAGAAUGUGAUUGUGUACACUCCUCUGAAUAGCUUAAAUCUGAAAGUAAAAAGUCUCCCCAGUGAAUAGGUAAUUAGUGGCUCUCUGGUUUAAAUUCUGCUCAGUUCUGAAAUACGUAAUCUUCAGAAAAGAAAUGGGACCCAGAAAAAUGUUAAAUGCAAUUUAAAACAUGAUUUAGCACAGUGUGCAUAAUUUUAACUGUAUUUAGUGGAUAAUGAUAAAGACCAAUUCAUAUCAAAUAUACCAUUGUAAGUAAUAGACUUACUGCGACUAUAAAAUCUGAAGUUUUCGUGACAUAAUAGGUAGUGUAAUAGCAGGCAUUGUUCGUCGUUUGCUGUACAGGAGUUUGCCAAUUUCCAUGAUGUACAUUUAAACCAAUCACAGUGUGUUUUUCUGUGUCCUUACAAAUGCAGCUACAUAGUUUUUGCAACUUUGUUGGUUGAUAAGUACAUAAUUGCCAGAUGCAGAGCAAUCUGUUGUCAAAUCUUAAGUUGAAUAACCAGCCAUCAUUUAGCUAUCUCCUGAGUUGCAUAAGUAACUUCAAAGGUAGGUGUUCCUGUGUUCACGUCUGCAUCACCUGACAUCGAGGAGGGGGAUCUCGUGCUUGCACUCAAAUUGAGUGACAAGUGCAAGGUACUGUGGCACUUUAAUUUUCAUUUAUGGAUGGGGUGCAGAAUUUUGUUUAGGAAGUGCCCUUGUUAAAAUUGUUUAGUAAUAACUCUGUAAUUGAUGAAAACUAAUAAUUAAUAUCAGUCUGUAUGAUUGUAUGACUUACAUGCAUGAGCAUUAUGCAGAGUAUACAUGUAUGUAUAAAAAUGUGCACACAGUUUGACAUGUCUGUGAAUUUGAACUAGAAGGGAAAAAAAUUGUGCACUAUCUGUGAUGCAGCACCCUAAGUUGUAAGAAGAUUGUUAGUUCCUUUUUAAUGUACAGUUUUGCAUGAGAAAUGUACUUUUGUUUAUUCAUUUGGUUUGAUUUUCUUAAAAAUAUCAUGAAGGUAGCGCUGCACUAUAUAUAUGGCUUUCGUAUGUUAGUAUUUUGCAGAUGAAUUUCUGUAUUAAUCUUCCAUUUUAUAGUUUCAUAAGUAUGAUGCAGCAUGGCUACAUAUAUUUAUUUCAUAUCAGCUCUUUGCAAAAAUAUUCUUGUUAAAUAAGUCACCUGUUCAUAUUGUACCUUUUUUUAGAUUUUUUUCUUCAACCUACAGCACCAGAAAAAGUCGUCUCAUUGGUUUGCUUCAGUUGAGCUUACCAAUCUUGGUAUUGUAAUGUGUGAUCACAAAUUGAGAUUCUCAUGAAGAAAACAGUAUAAAAGACACAGUCACAACAGUGAUAUAUGGAGUGGAUUUUUAAUUGCUAUUGUCAGAGCAAUGUUCAUAUGACUGGUAUGUGAACUGUAUAAAAGGACUGUUGUGUGAGUUUUCUAAUUUUUUGUUGCACUGUUUCAUAAUAUUCAGUGGCGACAGACAUUCAAUAGCUGAUGUAACGUGUUCUCAGUUCUGCAUAUCGUAGUGAAAAAUGAGCAACAUUUUUAUUCUAAAUUGACAUAUUUUUUGUAGGCUGUAAUCCUACUAAUCUAUGGAAACAUACACCGUAAUUUGAUGUACAUAUUUAAUGUGUCAGGAUGGUAUGUAUAUUAUGGAAGCUAUUAAGAAUAUGAACAAGAAGCCGAGGUGCCUUUAUUGUCAGUUCCAUACUGCAGACAGCCUUAUCUUCAUGAAGUAAGGAAUGCCAUGAUUAAUAAAAUGGAAAGUGGAAGCUGUCAUGUAGCCUAUUAAGUCUUUGUACAGGAUUUUGUGAUAAAAGUACAAACCCCAUGUUAUUGUAUAAAAACAACAACAAAACUCAGAUUUAGUAGCAUACUACAUUUUUCUCAAAUUUCUGCUGAGGAUCUUUAAUCAUAAUCCCUUUCUGUACCAGUUGAUGCAUAGUAAUUACAGGAAAGGAUAGUGAGAUUCAUUUAUAUCCAAGCAAGACAUCUGGUAACUUAAGCUUUGAAGUAGGUAUAACUGAAAUAUGUGUACAGAAAUCAUAUUUAGUAUUAAUCUUACAUGAGAAUGGAUGACAAUGCUUGAAUUUUACAGUUGCCUUUCCUUAUGAACUGCCUGCAGUUGAAUGCUCAUCCUGGCUUUCUCUUUUAGAACAGCUUGAGUUGGCAAACAUAUAACCAAUCUCAAUAGUAUAUUAAAUUAAAUAGUGCGUUUGUUAAUAAUUUAUUGCAGAUUAUAGAGAGAGAUGAAAAAGGUUUUAUUUCAAAUCAGGUUUUGUAAAAUAAUUGGUAUUUAAUAUGGCUUCUCUCUCAGCAUGCAUGAUUAUCAUCAUCCUCUCCAGGAAUACAUACAAAACUUGUGAUUUACAACUGAUGUUUCAAACUGAAAGUACUGCAUGUUUUGUGUAGUGUUGGAAGCUCUAGUGCAGUCUAAAAGUAAAUUCCCUUCUGGAUUAAAAGUUAUGAUCAUCGUAAAAAAAAGGUUCUGGUAACACUGUGACAGAUUUGUUUAUUAAUGUGCUAUUAUUAUGAGGACAGUUUCCUAUCAGCUGUGAUUUUAUAUUAUGGUUUAGAGUUCAAAAUAAUGAGCCCUUUAAUACAUUUUUAAAAAUUUUCCUAGUCACUUUGAAACUUACUGCUGUGUUUACUUGAGUGAUGUCACGGUUAGUGUUUUUAUUGAUGAAUGGGAUACAUAAUGUCAAGAUUAGGUUUGUUUAAGUCACAGAGAAAGUCAUUAACAAGUUCGUGAUAUAAUCUGCUGAAAUUAGUUUUAUCUGUUUCUAAACAGUUCAAGCAGGAUAUGUCCAGUUUUUAUGAGUGAAGUCAUGAGUGCUGUGUAACUUAUAUUAUAAAUAUUUGCAGAGUUCAGUUUAUUUUGGGCACGUGUGUGUCAUGAUUUUUUUCCCCAAGGUGGCAGUAUGGCUAACCAGUGCUUACCUUUGUGAGACAAAAUUCAAAUACUUCCAGUAAACACAAUGAAGAUAGGAAAAACUGUUCUCAGCUUUAAGAACUGUUAGUUCCUUCUUCAGAGAGUAGUGAUAGUUACAUUUUGGAAAGUUGGGAAAGGGGGAGAAAUCCCCUUCUCCUUGCAUUGAAUGGGUUCUUCUCAUCGUGGAGUCUGGUUGACAUACACCUUCUACCCAGUCUAACCUAACCCAUCCCUCUAUUCUCCAUGAAAUACCUGACAGUUCUGAAAGGUAGGAAUAAUUUUUUUUUCUACUUCUAUUGCGUCUAUUGGCAGUAUUGGUACUAGAAUUUCACCUCCAGAAUGUAAAUAUUGGCCAGUCAUACUGUCAUCUUGUAAUUUUUCAUGUUUCUCAGGUGAAUUUUCCUUUUGAUAUUUGUGAUUUUUUCCCCUAAAUUCCCAUGUGAUUCAUACUACUUUCCAAUAUAUUCAGAGACAACUGACUGGUGUAUACUAACAGAGAACACAAAUUGCACAUUUGUAAGUAACUGACAGCUGUGUAUCAGAGCUGUAUCAGAUUUACAAAAUACGUGAUUCAGUGAAGAAAUCAUAAAUUAAUACAUUAGAUGCUAUCAUGUAAAAUACCAUAUUGGCUAAAAUUUGUGAAAGUAUCAUAACUUCUUGAAAUUAGUUCUUAUGCUAGAGCUUGCCAUUAUGGUCGUCUUCUCAUGAGAAAAUUCCAGUGUGAAUAGAAAACAUCAUGACUGGUAGUUGUUUUUUAGGGUGUUAGCCAAAUUGUAAACGUCAUAAGUUCUGUAUUAGUGUGUUAUUGCAGUUUUUAUGAUUCUCAUAUUUUAUAAUGUUUGGCAUGAUCUUGCACUUCUCCCUACCUGGGCCAUUCCACAGAAAUGGAAAACUUCACACAGAUAAAAUUUUUUCAUUUUGUAGCUUUAUUUACAAGCAACUGGGUACUUUCCAUGUCACAGUUCUCCUAAAGAGCUUAUAUUGUUUUUAUAUCAUCCAUGUUGGCUCAUUCCUUACAUUAAGAGAAUUACACCAUUUAUAGCAAAUGUCUUGGCAAACACUCUUUAAAUUUUUUUAAUGAUUUUCAAGUUCCUUGCCACAAAUUACAGUGGAAGUGUUUUUCCCUCAGUAAUUGACUCCUAAAGUCAUAAUUCUUGUAAGAAACUGGGACUCUUAAAUAUUCAUUAGUGUAUUGUCCAUCAGUUUUGUAUCUGUACUGUAAUAUAGUUUGAUUGCAAGUGUUCACUCUUAUGAACCACUGGCCAUCUGCAUUCAGUCCAGCUGGGAGUAUAAUUCCACUUUAAAAUUUUUUAUAUGAAAGUGGCAUGAACAGUGUACUUCUCUAAAAUCUUUCAUCAGUUCAUAAGUGUUUUUCUUGUAAACAUCACCUAAACAAUUGUCAAAUAUAUUUUCCUAAAUUUAUUUGUAAACAUGUCAAAAUAAUGAUUUGGGUUGUGAAUCCUAAUGCUCCUUAACAAAAUACUAUGAAGUGUAUAUUAUUUGCAGGAUCUGUUUGCUAUUUUGGCAGAGAUCUUGAUUGUAAAUGGCAACUAUAUAUCAAUUUUGUUCUCCGUAUAUCCGAUUUGGUCUAAUACAAUAACUUCUUUCAGUUUUUGACAUGAACGUGUUUUUGUAGCCACUUCUCAACGCAUUAAAUUUACAGCAAUGGAUUUGUUUAUUUAAAUUUCAUUCAACCUUUUGAGUACAACAAACUAUUUCUAUAAUGCUACAUUUCCAACUGAGAAGCCACAUGAGGUCACUUCCCAAUUUAAAUUCACUUCUUAUUUAUCACUUUGGUGUAUCAGGUUAUUGCGGCAAUGCAAAUAUCUGCUCAAAUAGUGGGCAUGACUUGCUUUGUAAAGCCAUUAAUUUCUAUUGUAACUAAAGAUAAUUAUCCAAACUUCCUUUCCCAGCUGUUAUUUUGCUUGGCUUCAACACAUUUUGUUAUUAUUGUCAGUAUUACUUCUUCUUUCAGAAUGAAUGGUUACAUAUGGUUUGGUAUUGGAAGCAUCUUCGCUUGCCCACCAUUGUACUAUCACAUGUGUGUUGCUCAUAAUAUCUCUGCUCGUCAUGCAGAUGUCUAAAAGUGUCUAAUGGUUUAUCAAUAAUGCGGUUUCUAGCCUGAAUUUUACAUGGUAUUGAAUGAUUGCUAUAGGCUUAUUUCAUUUCCUAUCUCAAUAAGUAACAUGGUGGGUUACAAUUACUUCUCACUAUUAUUACCUUAGGGGUUGUUUCAGUAUAAUUGGAUUCUUUUUUUGCAACAUAAGUAGUGAAUGAUUUUUGGUUGUGGUUUUGCUGCAGUCUGAAAACUAUUGAGAGGGUUUUUGCCACAUGCCGAUGUGUGCAUGCACUAGUCCUCUGAUCCAUGCACGUGACAGCUACUGCUACACCUAAACCCCCCCCCCCCCCCCCCCAAAUUUUCCCUCCUACACACACAGAGGUUAACAUCAUUUGUCAUGAACCAUUCAUUAUUUCUCCAUCCAUUGCGUGCGUGUGUGCGACAUACCCUGCUGUGCUUGGACACUAUUUAAUGAGUUCAUUACCAGAUACUAGCUGAGGUUGUGGUGUGAAGUGCAUGAUUUGCUUUUAGAUGCUACAUAUAUAGUGGUAAUACUAGAUAGAUUAUAAAUACAAAUGAUGAACUUAACUUUCACAAACUUAAUUUGUGUUUCUACACCCUUGAUUUUUGAGCAGGACACCUAAUUUUAUUGGGAACUGUACGCAGCUCAUCAAAAAAUUACUCACUUCUUCAUUUUCUUCCCUUUAACAUACCAUUUUUGGGAGAACAACAAUUUCUAAGCAGUUAGUAGCUGUUGACCUUCAGUCUGUAUAGUAGUAUGAAAAUACCAUUGAAACAAGUUAAAUUUCUAGUCUGUUGUGGCAAAAAUAUUUAUAGCAGAGUAACGUGGUGAGAAUGAAUCCAUCCUUUGAAGCCCGAAAGAGGCUAGAAUUACAAGGAAUUUACAAUGACAUUUAUGUUAUUUUAUAAAAAUAAAAACAAAAAAAUUACAUCCCAUCAAUGGAAGUGCCCACAAAAAGCAAUAACUAGUGUAAUAUUGCUUAUGAAUAUCCGAAAGUACCAAGCGGAGAUGAACUGUGUACUUUCUGUUAUCAGGCACAGUUGUUCCAUUUGGGGUAAACUUCAAAAUUCAAAUUAAUGCUUCAGUUUGUAAAUACAGCUACAGAUACAAUAUUUAAGUAAGUGUGAGAAAUUUUGCGUUUUAUAAAAUAAUGGUUUUACUGUCAUCAAUUUUUUAAGCCAUUUGUUUAGCUUGUCACACUCAAACAUUGUAAUCACUAUUAUGAAUCCCAAUAGAAGUGUGCUGGAUGGGGGAAGGAUUAGAGGAUACAGUGUAUAUUUAGUUAUUCACAAAGUUUUCUGUGAAUUUAUGUGUCAUUGUAUUUUGGAUAAAAUUGUUGCACAUUUUCUUUUCAACGUACUGUUAAAGAAAUGUAUUUGUAUUUGUCUCAUGGAGAUCACUGCCAGUACUCGAAUUUUUUGCGUGAAUGUCAAAGAGCACUAGUCAUAGUGCGGCAAUUGAAUUCCAACCGUGGUAAACCUUGAGAACGAGAACUGUUGUUUUGCAUUGCAUGUCAUAAAGAACAAAUUAUUAUACAUGGAAAGAUUAAUGUGCACAAAAUUUGUAAUAGUGAGUUUUCUUCAUGCGUGCCACAUCUUUCAAACACAUGUUAAAUAUGUAAAUGUGUCUCAUUGACUUUUGAAAGUUGCAUUACGGGUUGUAAUUAUUUUAACCAUGAUUGUAGAGUGAUCCUGGGUGAAAAUUUUAUUUGCAGCUAUGAUUUAGCUUUUUGAGUAUGAGGUCUGCAUGAGUUUUCAGUCAGAAGUAUGCAUAUUGUUGGAAUGGUCAGUUUGUGUCUGAAAAUAAUGCAACAUAUAUGCCUUACAGGCGAAGUCGUUCGAUUCUGAUGCAUAGAAUUACACAGAUGUGAACAAAAGUUUAAUAUAAUUUUAAACAUCUGAUUACCUAAUUUGUGAAGACAACUCAAGUUUGUAAUUAGUGUUAAAUGUUUCAUAAGACGAUUCUGUGCCUUAAUAAAACACCAGAUAAGCAAGAAUUGUUGAUGUCUAACAUUUAAAAGGCAGUGUGAACACCAUGGGGAGAGGGAAUUACUAAUAGUUGUAGCAAAUAUGUCUUUAUUAAGAGAAAAUAUUUUUCUCUCGGGUUUUGCGAAUGUGAAUGUCUUGGUGGUUUGUGAUGCCAGUAUGAUAAUUUUCUGUUUUACUUCUAUAUCUCAGUUCACAUACAGACCAACAAGCCUAUCAUAAACAUAUUCUAAAUGAGCAGUGAUGAAUGAUCCAUCAGAAAUUAUGUAUGGUAAUGUCAGUCUGUGUCUCAGAAUUGCAACGGAAGCAAAUUGAAAUGCCAUUUGACUGAAGGUUGUAUUUUCACUUUGGAGUCUCAAGGCAUGUGCUGAUACUGGGUUAAGACCAUGUGAUAUCAGGAGCGAUGAGUGAACAAUGAUCUAGGCUUCAGUUAGGUAGUAUACCUGGCCAGUAAAGUAGUAAAGUGUUCACAGGGCCAUUUUAAAAUUCUAUGUGUCUGUUGGUCAACUUUAAUUCGGGUAAUAAUCUCUAAAUUGAAUGGAAAACAUGGGUACAGUGUGUGCGGAGAUUCAGGAUAAAUACCAGUUUGCUGUCAGCUGAGCUGCAGGUGUCCGUCAGGACCUGACAACCAUUCAUAAAUAGUCUUCCAUUAUGUACAAAUAUAGUAACAUUUUUGUUUAAAAUCAAAUGAGAGUUUUUAAAUAUUUUCUAGUUAGUCAUUUGUGCCUUUGUCAUUGUUCUUUGGGAGAAAUAUGGUAUCAGAAUGUAAUUACAAAUGCAGCAAAAAUAAUAAUAUUGCCACACAAAAGUUCAUAACUUGCAAUGAGAAUUCUUGUUUGCUUUUAGAACUGUUGGCUUUUCUGAAAUCAUUUUUUUUAAGAGGGAAAAUGAACUUGAUGCAGUUGAGAUUUCAAUGAAAUAAUAAACACUCUUGAAGGACAAAUUCCACCCUCACUGGGAAGGUCAUGAGUGUUGUCAGAAUCAGUAGCAAUGAAAUCAAUAGUAAUAGUUGUGGUGCCUCAAUGAAACAAAAGUGAUGAAUCAGUCAACAUUAUUUUCUUUUCUCAAAUGGUGGAACCUGUUGCUUAGUAAUUAGCAAAUACCUUCUAAUAUUUGAACAUUUGUAUGUAUUGUGAAACAAUGAUUCACCUCUGAGACUACUGACUUCCUACUGCUAAACAACAAAGUUGUAGAUAAUUAGUAUACAUUGCUGUGUGUAAUGGCUAGAAUAAUCUUGAAACAUUUUUGGGGGUGUACCAAAUUUGCAAUAAAUUUAGUGCAGUUACAGGGAUUAACAGAGACUGAUGACGUUGCAUGCUUCUGACAGGUGCUCCAAUUUAGGUCCUGUAAAACGUUUAUCCCUUAGAAUGAAGCAAUGGUUAUGAAUUAAGGAAGAGAUAUAAUCCAGUAAUUGUUUUCAAACCUAAUGUCUUUGUAUUUAACAUUAAACAAGACUAAAAGUGAUUAUUCAAAUUUGUAAUUGACAGAAUUACAGCCAGUAUAUGAAUGCAUGUAUGCAAGUCAAUAAUUAUCCAGUCUGGUUCCUUAGUCAGCUUUGCUAUUAUUCUGGUAGACGUUAAAUGAUUAGUAUGCUGCAGACAGUAUACUGAUAGUGAAGAUGAGACAAAUGUGUGUGUUGAGGUAAAAAUCUUUUGAAUAAAUUUAUCCCUAAUUAUAUGUUGUUUUUAUGGGAUCAUUACAUUAUUAACAGAUUUUUAGGGCAAUUAUUUAAUUUUUAUUGUAAGUUAGUGAUUUCUUUUCAAUGCGGAAUGGUGCAGCACUACUUGCUGUGCAAAAUUUUCUCACACCAAGAAUGGUUUCAUCUGAUCACUGGAUUAAUUACACUUGAAAGAAAGGAGUCCCAAUAACUGCUAUUGGAGCUGAUGUAGGGAAAUAGUCUUUAUGAUAAGGAAAGAGGCAGAUGUAGUGAGAGUUAUUUCUUUUACUUGAAUUAAUAUUUAGAAAAAAAAAUCAUUUUAAUGUUUUUCCUUUGUGAAAGAACCUGGCAACACUUGUGAACUUGUCAGCAUCUGAUGAUUAAUUAAUGAAAACCUACUGUUUUCACACAACAGAGCAUGUUGUAAAGAGUUGUGAAUUGAUUAAGAAAUAUAAUUUAUUUUAUCUGGGAGUAGACAAACACACUUGAAAAACUUUGUUUAUGAGGAGAAACAGGAAGGUAAGUGUAGUAUGUAGUUAUGCAUCAGUGCUGAAGUUUACGUGGUAUGACUUAACUGUAAGUUUUUGAAAAUGUAAUUUUUAUUUCAAUAUAAAUUGUCAAAAAGUGCCUAUACAGGAGCAACACCAAAUUGUCGUCUGAAUUACUGACCAAUUUUCAGUAUAUGAGUUAAUAGUCAUUAAUAAGGGAGUUCUGUGGUGCAAUUAUAAAACUAACAAAUGCAUAGUCCUAUAUGAAAUGUGGAGUUUUAGGUCAUAUUUCACUUUUUAAAAAAAUCUGUUUUGUAUGAAUAAAUGUGCAAAUGAAGAAACUGAUUCCUUUAUUGACAGUGCAUAUGUUUACAGCAGUGUGAACUGUGUGUUUGCUGCUGCUUGUAGUUUCAAGUGAUAAUAUGUCAGUUGAGUGCUUGAUUGCGAUGUGGGCUAGAGCAAAUCAGUGGAUUAAAAUGCACAUCAUCUGUUUACUGAUACGUAACAGGUACUUCAAUUAUUCAUUUUUAAAAAUUUCGUUUUGUAAAAAGAACAAUCAAAUAAAAUUAUUGUAUUGAUAAUUGUAGAUUAUAUGUGUGAUGGUUAUAAUACUUAUUAAAUGAUGUGUAGCACAUAAAUAAUACAAGAGUACUUAUGAAUAUUAUACUUGAAAUUUUAAGAUACGUUGUUGAAAUAUAGAUCAGCAUAAGUAGAACAUUUGUAUUUUAUAAGCAUUGUGUAUAAUUCGGGAAACCUUCUCAACUUCUCAGCUGGCUGAGACACUGAGAAGAUUUUCGGAAUUAUAUUUGCCCAUCAGAUUAAAAGAAAGAGUGUAUGAUAGUAGGUAUUCAAGCACCAUAGCUUCAAUUUUGAUAGUGACAUACAAGCUUCUUAAGAGUAGCAGCUACAAAUAGCUGAUAUUCAUAAAUUUAAGUAUAAUUAAGAGGACCAAAUGUCAGUCCAUGCAUAAUUAAUAUGAAAGAGUAUACCUCACAAAAUUGUAAUAACUGAUAUAAAUAAAUACAAUUUUAGAAUAAGAUACCAUGUAAUUCUAAAUAUAUGCAUAUCGCUUAGCAGUAAUUUUGACUAUUACUGAAAGCUUUACUUUGGUAAUGUAUAGUUACAUAGCAGCAUACUGAAUGCAGUUUUCAAAAUACUUGUCAUUAGACAUUUGAGUCAAAAGUUUAUUAGAUUUGAUAUUAUUUGAUAGGACUUUGGUUUUCCACUAAUGAUAAAGCAGUUCAUGUACAGUAUGACGAAAUUAAUAAAGUGUUGUGAUGUAAUAUCUUUUCUAUGCAUUUUUUUUAACAAUAGUGGUGAAAAUUUUAUUUCAAAAUCUCUGUUAACUUGGUUUUGAAAGUUUGCAUUCACUGUGCGCAAAGCUGUUACUUAUUGUUCUUUUUUUGUCAGAAAUGAGGUAUUUUCUUGCAUGAUAUAGAUUUUAUAAGAAACUAGUGUACAUUGCUUCAGAUAGUCUUCAUUAAUUUUUUUCUUUCUAAGUGCAGGGCUCUGCAUGUAUUAAAAUGUAAUUAAAGUGAAAUAUAAAAAAUCUGUGUUUA